GAUACAUUUGACAUUAUUACUUCAAAGUUCAAUGUUUUGAGGAGUUUCUAUGAACCUGAUGUCUUUCAUAAUUUUUUGCUAUUUGUAGUGUCACAAGUAAUGCUUCUUCCAUUACAGUAUGUCUCAAACCGGCAAAAAAUGACUAUUCAAACAUGAGUCUCGAAGUUUUUGACUGUGGCUGGUCCAAAGUUACAAUGUAUAAUACGCUGAAAAUACACCAGACAGAGAUGGGAUGCAAGCCAAAAGGUGUGAAGGUCGAUGAGUAAACAGCUGGAUGUCUACACCCCUUUCGAGACUGAUAUGGCGUCCGCUAGACCAUCACCCAGCGAGACUGUCUCAAUGGAGACACAUCUAACAUGCUCCAUCUGCAUGAGUCUGUUUGUGGAUCCUGUCACUACAUCUUGUGGCCACUCCUUCUGUAAGGAAUGUUUGGACCGCUGUUUUAAGCACAAUGACAGAUUGUGCCCCCUAUGCAAACAGAUUCUGAUGAAAAGACCAGAGGUGAACAUCGUUUUGAGAAGCAUUGCCGAACAGGUGAAAAAGACCCAGGAAGAAAAUGAAAAGUUUGCAGUGGCGCCCGGUGAAGUGGCCUGUGACAUUUGCACGGAGCCUAAACUGAAGGCUAAGAAGUCCUGUCUUGUGUGUCUUGCCUCGUAUUGUUCGACCCACAUGAAGAACCAUUGUUCAGCUAAAAGGUUGAAGGGCCAUAAGUUGGUGGAACCUGUGGAGAACCUGGAUGAGAGGGCCUGUCUGAAGCAUGGACGCCCCUUAGAGCUGUACAGCAGGAAGAGAGAGAGAUGCAUUUGUGUACUUUGUCUGGAAGAAGAUCAGGAGGAGGUUGUUCCUAUUGAAGAUGAAUGGGUCAAAAUGAAGGCAAAGCUUGAAAACACAAAGGCAGAGUUACAGGAGAAAAUUGUAAAGAGAAAAUCAUGGGUGGAUGAGACUAAUGCAUCUCUUCAGAGCUGCAAGGACCAGCUGGAGAAUGAGUGGUGGGAUAUUGAGAAUGUGUUCACAGCUGUGAUUGCCAUUGUGGAGGAAGCCCACGCGGCAGCUCUUAAGCCAGUACAGGACAGGAGGGAGAAGGUGGAGAGAGAGGCAAAAUACAUCCAACUGAAGUUGGAAGCUGAGAUAGACGGGCUUGAGAAGACCGUCUCUGAGCUGGACGAUAUAGCUGCUCUCGACGAUCACAUCCUUUUCCUUCAGAGUUACCCAUCUGCUAAAGACACAAACAACCUCAAAGACUCGAUGGAGGUAGAGCUCGACACAUCGCUGUCUUUCGGGACCAUGAGAAAAACCACAACCACCAUGUUGGAACAAAUUCAACAGAAACUGGAGGAUCUGACCUCCAUUGAGCUUCAGAGAGUUCCAAAGUUUACAGUGGACGUGAAGCUGGAUCCAUCCACGGCGCACCGACGCCUCAUUCUUUCUGAUGAUGGGAAAGAAGUGAAAGAUGAAGGGGAGGACCAAGAAGUAGAUGAUGCCCCGGAGAGGUAUGAUCUGUUUGCCAGCAUCCUGGGGCUCAACAGGUUGAACUCUGGGAAGUCCUACUGGGAGGUGGAGGUCAGCAGCAAGACGGGCUGGGACCUGGGCGUGGCAAGAGGCGACGCAAACCGCAAGGGGAAACUCUCCCUGAACCCAGAUAACGGUUACUGGGUUACCGUACAUUAUGAAGAUGAUAAGUACGCAGCCCUGACAGCACCGCCAGUUCGUCUUUCCCUGAAAGACAAACCUAAGAAAGUUGGGGUGUUCGUGGACUACGAGGAAGGUCUCGUGUCCUUCUACGAUGUGACAGCUCAAUCUCACAUCUACUCCUUUACUGAGUGUUCCUUUAAUGUCGAGGUCUUCCCAUAUUUCAGUCCACAUGUAAAACAAGAUGACAAAAACACUGAACCUUUGAUUAUUUGUGGUGUGAAACAUUGUGAUUAGUACAUGCAGCCCCAUAACGGUCAGUUCAUUCAUUGUUCCAGUUACAGUAGGCUAUACUAUAAUGCAUGACCAAAUGGUGCCUCCUAUAACGUGAUGAAUACAAUACUUAUAAGACUUAUGAUAGAUGAUGCAAACAAUUUGUAAAAGCAAAUGUGUCAAAUGUAGGCUACCUAUGCGGUAACUUUAGGAAUGUUAGUAGUCUACACGUGCAUUUAAUUAGUCUUGGGGGUGGGGUGCUGCACUCUACAUUCAAUGUAUCCUGAUUUACAAAAUGUGCUGUCAUUUCACAUUAUUUUGAACCUCUAAAUAAAAAUAACAAUAUCAAUUUUC